AUCCUGUCAUGUCGCAUGUCAUCAUGACCUAUUUUAUAUUAUUUUGACAUAGCAACACUGGUGCUCAAAAGUCAAUCAAGGAUGCAGCGAUGGCAGGCGGUGGUAUCAAAUAUUUGCUAAAAAACGAUGGGUUCUAAUAGAAAACUGUUAUUACGAAGCAUUAAAAAUCGCUUGCGAGCUGGUGUACAACUAGCAAAAGGUCGCAGUGCUCCAGUGACGAAGCCUAAACGCGUGCAAACAGUGGUCUCAUGAGAAACAAAGUGGUGCCUAGAAAAACCACUAGAACUGCUGGAUUUCAAGCUCUGCGAGGGAACAGACGACUAGCGCCAUGUCAGGAACCGCUGGUUCAAGCAGCAGCGCAGCCCUUGGAGGGCUCGGGGGCUCCUUAGAAGACAAGGACUGCGAGCUGUUAUGUCCGGUCUGCUUCGAGCUCAUUGACGAGGCGUAUGUGACUAGAUGCGGUCACUCAUUCUGCUAUGCCUGUAUUGCCAAGAGUGUUGAACAACAUAGACGGUGUCCAAAAUGCGGCGCAGCAGUUGCCAGCCGCGACCACAUGUUCCCAAACUUUAUGCUCAACGAGCUGGUCGCGCGGCGGAGGCUACGCGCCGCUCGGCCCCCCUCGCAGGCCUCCGAGGGGGGCGACGCCGCGAGGCUGCGGGCGCUGCUCGCGGCGGAGAGUGCGAGGCUGGCUAUGCCUGACGUCGAGCUUAUGUUAGAGGUGCUAACGCGGAGAAAGCGUUUACUCGAAGCUGAAUCAGCGGCCGCGCACCACCGUCUCCUGUACGAGUUCCUGGCACAGCUGCACCGGCAUCGGCAGCAGCAGCUCCAACAACUCGCUCGUGAAGCGGCGCUUGUUCAAGCCGACAUGGAGCACGUGGCCGGCACGCUGCGGGACUUAAAAGCGGGGGCAGCGGGCCUGGCCUCAUUUCCGUCUGAAGAUGGCGAGUCUGGACCGGCGUCAGAUGCUGUCAAAGCUCUAAGAAAGGAACUAACAGAGCUGGCCGGAUCCGUCUCCGAUAGCGCGGCGGCGCCACCGUCGCCGGACGAUGAGGAGGGCUUCGCCGGCGCCGCGGGCGAGAACCCGCUGCACAACAGAUGGCGCCGCCUGGUGGCACACUUCGAGGACUUCGUGCAGUGCUACUUCGCGCACCGGGCGGACGAGCUGUACUUCCCCGCGCCCGCUGGCACGCCCGCUCCGCUCGUCACGUCCGCGCCGUCCGUCACCACCGUGGCCUCGGUCACUACCGUGGCUGGGCACGAUGACCAGGUCCCGGACAACGAUCCCACCACCACAAUCAAGCCGUCCUUCGUGAAUGGCGACCAACGGCUACCUGAAGGAUCACCCACCGAAGCUCCCCGCGCGCCGCCGGCGCCCUCCCCCUCCGCCACGCUCAGCAAGGGGGAGGGCGGGGGAGGGGGCUUGGACGCCUUUAGAGAGGACCUCGUCGCCUUCACUAGAUAUAGGGCGCUGAGGCCGCUUGCAACACUAUCGUAUUCCAGCGACGCCAUCAAUUAUUCCACCAUAGUAUCAACGAUAGAGUUCGACAAAGACGAAGAAUUCUUCGCCAUCGCCGGCGUGACGAAGCGCAUCAAGGUGUUCGAAUACGAGGCAGUGGUUCGGGACGCCGUGGACGUGCACUACCCCUGCGCUGAGAUGCAGUGCGCUCAUAAAAUUAGCUGCGUUUCGUGGAACGCGUAUCAUAAGAAUGUGCUGGCGUCAGCAGACUACGAAGGCACAGUAGCGGUAUGGGACGCGGGCACCGGCCAGCGCACGCGAGCGCUACUCGAGCACGACAAGCGCUGCUGGUCCGUGCACUUCAACCGUGCCGACGUGCGGCUACUAGCUAGUGGGUCCGACGAUGCGCGGGUCAAGCUGUGGGCGCUCAACGCCGAGAGAUCUGUCGCAACACUAGAAGCGCGCUUCAACGUGUGCUGCGUGCGUUUCAACCCCCGUUCGUCCUGCCACCUGGCGUUCGGCUCGGCCGACCACUGCGUGCACUACUACGACCUCAGGGCCCCCAGGGCGCCCCUAGCCGUGUUCAGGGACCACAGGAAAGCGGUCUCGUACGUGAAGUUCCUCGACGCACGGACGCUCGUGUCCGCCUCAACGGACUCACAACUUAAACUAUGGAAGGUUGAAUCCCCCCGCUGCGUCCGCUCGUUCACCGGCCACGCGAACGAGAAGAACUUCGUCGGCCUCGCGACGGAGGCCAGCGGGCGCUACGUGGCUUGCGGCUCCGAGAACAACGCGCUCUACGUGUACUACGCGGGCCUGUCAAAGCCCCUGCUCGCGCACCGCUUCGACGCCGUGCGGGGGUUCCUGGAGAGAGGUACUGGAGGCGAAAGGCGGGAGGACGAGCCCUCAGAGUUCGUAUCAGCGGUGUGCUGGCGCCGCGCGCCGCCUUCCGAGAGACAAGUACUCCUCGCGGCUAACAGUCAAGGCACAAUCAAAGUGCUGGAACUUGUGUAGUCUGCCUAUACUCUGUAUCUUUAGGUACUUAAAUAAAAGCAUGGUAUAAUAAUAUACUCCGCCUGGUACUCCAUUCCCGUCUUUUCUAGGUCACCUAACUGACACGGGCCUACGUCAUCAUGCGACAGCGCUAUAUGAUAAUAUGCGAUAGCGCUAUAUAUAGCGGCCAUGUUGUUGUGACGUAGGCCCGUGUCACUCUGGGAAUGGAAGACCAUGUUUUAUUAGACUAUGAAUAAAAGUAAACAAAUAAUUUGGGCAUUUUCGGGCAGUUAUAACAUUUAUUGAUUAACCAACCAAAAUACAAAACCGCCUGGAUCUGUCACUGAACGACCUGACUUUAACCUACAUUAUUUGAUCAUGUCAUGUUUUAAGCCGGCUUAAGAAGCCAUUUGAGGGUAGAUUUUGUUUACUCUUUUUAGGGUUCCGUACCCAAAGGGUAAAACGGGACCCUAUUACUAAGACUUCGCUGUCCGUCCGUCCGUCCGUCUGUCACCAGGCUGUAUCUCACGAACCGUGAUAGCUAGACAGUUGAAAUUUUCACAGAUGAUGUAUUUCUGUUGCCGCUAUAACAACAAAUACUAAAAACAGAAUAAAAUAAAGAUUUAAAUGGGGCUCCCAUACAACAAACGUGAUUUUUGACCAAAGUUAAGCAACGUCGGGAGUGGUCAGUACUUGGAUGGGUGACCG